AUAGAAACUAAACCCAAAUCAAAAUAUUCUCUCUCUACAACUCUCUCUCCCUCUAAGAUGGCAGAUCUGAAACCUCCGUUUCCGAGUUCUCCAAUUCGUAUCCGUCAUCGGUCAGUUCUUCGGACAAGUAUUCCCAACACCGCAGCCGCACAAAAUCAGAUGGGUUCUGUGUCGAAAACCCAAUCAGUCACCCGUUCAAUCACAUCCGAAUUUCAGGAGUUGACUAAGAUGAUUAAUAACGAAAAACCCAAUUCAAGUAAUUGUGUUAUUCCUGAUAAAUCGAAACCCAGUCCUUUGUUCGAAAGGGGAAGGUUCUAUGAAGAAUAUUCUGCAAGGAGGAACGAAAGGUUGAAGAGAAAGAAAAUUAGUGAAGAAGGCGAAGAGAAUAAGACAAUUUGUGAUCUAAGCUUCGUGAGUGAACCUGUAAAAAGGAGGAAUGUGAAGAAAUUGGAUGAUUUCAAGAGUUCUGUGGUUUCUAAGACGCCAUUGAUUGAGAUUAAAGAAAGUGUGAAUCCGAUUCCUAGGUACUCACUGAGAAGCAGGACUAAGGAAAACAAGAUGCCGCCUUUGCCCCCAAGUUCGAUUAACUCAGUUGGAGGAGGGAGGAAGCAGGCAGUGAGUCGUGCCCGGAAAAGCUGAUUUUUCCGACAGUAAUAUUAGGUUUGUUUGUCAUGUUUUUGUUUAAGAAAACAUCUACAUUAUGUUCCAACUUGUUGUUAUGGAUAUUGGUGGUGAAUUGGUUUAAGACUAAGAAUGUUUUUUCUUUGAUGUACUCAAUUUGGAGAAAUCAAUUGAGAUUUCAUCAUGAUUCUGUUAUUGAAGAUUGAAUUGAGUUUCAGAUUGGUUUUAUCGAA